GGCACGUUGAUACCGGUUAUUUUUAAUCGCAGUCGUACGCAAGCAGGUCUUACCGAUUGGAAGCAUUGUUCAUCUUUGAGUGAUUAGGUGUUAGGAAGUAAUUGUGUUUUAAUGAAUUACCAUUACUAUAUCUCUUCUGCAUAAUGUGUUUAAUGACAUUUCUUAACGUGAAUGACUACUAAAUAUACUAGUCAAAAACAACCAACAGAACAUAUGUUUUGGUUGAAUUUCAUUGACAUCAGGUUAAAUUGAUUAAAUAUGUAUAUUUUAUGCAUAUCAUUUAUUUGUAUGUGAGCACAUGAUAGUUGUUAUCUCGAUAUGAAUCGUUUGAAUAUUUGAGCAAAGUAUGUUAUCAGAGAUUGAACAUUAUAGUUAUAUCGAACGAUCACGCAGUUUUACUUAUGUAAGUGCAGGCAAAGAUAGGAGUAUUAUUUUGUGGUGAAACACUUAUCGCUAAUUACGACUCCUUGCGAUCAAACAUUUUGUAUUUGCUUGUUAAAUAAAAACGUCAACUGAAUUAAAAAUAAAUACUGAUAUUUCGUUUUGAAUUUGUAAAAUGGAAAUAUUAGAAGAGUUUAUACCAAACAACUCGUCUAACGCCGCACUGAGGAGACAGGUCGAUGAACAGUCUUCUGUUUGCGAUUUCACCAUUAAAGUUGGUGAAUGGGUAAAGAGGUUUCAUUCCAGUAUUCUUAUGGCGAGUCCAUUCUUUCAAAUCAUGAUUGAUGGACAAUACCGUUUGUGUAAACCAGCAUUCGUCGAGUUUCACUACGCAAGCCGUUUUUCCGUUGAUAUGGCAAUUAUGUAUCUAUAUGGGAAGUGUCCAAAACCAAGCCAAACUAACAUUCACGAGCUUCUUGAUCUCGCUGAAUUUCUGAUGAUUCCAAAUCUUAAAGCCCUGUGUGUUAAAGUGGCACAAUGCUUUCGUGUACAUACAUGGGAUGUUAAGUACCUUCUACAAAUGGCAACAUUGUACGAGUUUGACCUUCCAAGAGCAACGGAACACAUGUACAGUCAUCUGGAUGAUCUUAUGGAAGAUAAUUCCCUUAUGCAAGUUUCAAAGGAUUUCAUUGAAGAAGUAUUCGUUGAUGAAACCUUACGUUAUGUUUCAAUGGAUACGAGGUUAAAUUUUCUCAUCAGAUGGACAGAAUAUAAUAUAUCAAGAAGAAAACGUUUUUUUCCAGAACUGUUUGCAUUACUAGACAACACUCAAUUGAGUCGAGCAAUCAUACAAACUGUUCCGACUUGUCUGUUUGAUCUAGGUUUAACACCUUCGUUGUCAUUAAGUAACCGUUCGAAAAAAAGAGAGGUGAUUAUAUUCCAACCGAAAUUAGGAAAUCAGCAAUCUGAUUGGUACGACAUAUGUAAUGAUCAAUGGUUGAAACCACCAGUUUCCUUCAAGGCGUCUACGUCUUCUGUGAUGUCCUGCUUUACUCAACAUACUUGCUAUGGCGUAUGCUUUUCCUCAAAGAUAGAAAUUGCCGAUGUUGCGAGAACAAUUUAUAGAUCAGUAGAACUGUACAACACGGAUCAAAAUAACUUUGUGAAUGUUUGCGCUAAUGCGACAAAAGUUUUCUCCUAUAGCAGAAGCAGAUUUUUUAUUCCGUAUUACACGGUAUUUUAUCAAGGAACAUUUCGUAAAACAAGUUCCCGUGUUUUGAUGGAACCUGCGUUUACGGUUAAAACAUUUGGAAAAAUCACGAUAUGCCUAAAUGAAGCGAACGUGUGUGCAAUUAUUCUCCCUGGUAAGAUAAUACUGUUCGACACACGUUCAUUUGAAUUAGACACGCUUCCAUUUUAUGGGACCAAACAUUUCAAGGUUCUGCCUCUUGGGGAUGGUUUUGUUAUCCACGACAAUGCCACAGUAAUGUUCAUACAAAGGGUCUCCGGUCCAAAUCUUGAUUGCCGAUACACUUUUCGAGAGACGUAUUUAACACAAGACAAUUAUUGUAGUUUUAAAUAUCGAUUGGUAGGAGAUGUAUGGUUUCGCCAGUUAAACAAAGAACAUGACGUAGUUUUAGAAAGAUCUGUUGAAAGAUUCAAUAUUCGGAUGUCAACCGAUCUGGAAACCUUAACAUGGAAACAAUGUACUUUGCCUUCAACUGUAUCACGUGACAUGCUGUCAAGUAAAACAAUCGUCCUAGCCCUUACGGUCCCAACGUAUACAGUCAGAUGUCACAUUAAUUGUCCUCAUUGCGAAGCACACGUAAAAGAAGAAGAAAACUACCAAAAUGACAUAUUUUACGAAAACAUUAACAAUUUUACUUGGGAAUCAGACGUCGAGCCGGAAGAUGAGCAAUCCAGAAGUUACGAUGAAGUUGACGACUAUACAGACUCUGAUUAUAGUUAUGAUUAUGGCUUCGAUGAUUAUUAUGACUCUGAUCCUCACCCUGACUAUAAUCAUUCAUAUGAUGGCGACAUAUAUUUUAAUGACGAUUAAAACCGAUAAGGCACUUUGGACUGCCCUUUUUAGAUUAAGUACACACUUCUUGUCAGAAGAAGUCUUAUGACAAGAGUAAGUCUUCUGAAUGUAUUUAUAGCAAGAACCCUUUGCCUUACAUAAACGACGAGUGGACAGUAAUAAUUUAUCUCCUGAUAAUAUUUAUUGAAUUUCAAUUUUCCUAUUUCUAAUACGAACAUAGAGGUGUACAUAUGUGUAUACUACUAAAUCAGCAUGUCCAGCAAAUUUAAUGUUUCAUGUUUCCAAAGAAACACGACAUUCAUUUUAAUCUACAGAAAAGCCAUUUUCUUUAAUUUAUCCAAUCAUUUUAAGUUUUGUUGCUGCCACCUAAUGUUGGCUUGUAAACUUUUGUUUUAUACUUUUGCUGAUCCUUAUUUUCCGUAAGAAUAUGCCUCAACAUGGAGGCAUUACGCUUAUCAUGUAUUUGUCUGCUCAUACGAUUGUGUAUUCGAUUCCACAACCCUCCAAAAAUGAAUGAAAUUAACUUUUAGUUGAUUGUUAAGGAAUGCAUUUUUUCCGGGACAAGUAUUUGCAAAGCAAUUUCUAUUUUUCUAUUAUUCCGCUAUAUAGUCUCAAAACAAAUGUAUUUUACUCAACUCCUGUUAAGCUUGGCAGAUUUCGCUAAGCGUUUACACCUAGAGACCAUUUAUGAGCAGAUAAAUUAAAUGUUAAAGGAAAUAACUUACUUACGGUCAUACGUAUGGUGGAAUGCAAAUAAAUUAAUUUAUAACCUGUUGUAAACACGUGAUGUGAUGGUUCGCUUAUCAUGAUGCAGGAACACGUGACUUUGUGGGGUUACCCCUUUUCACUUUAAUGGAUGUAUUCACGACGGUAAGUGGUGCUUUAUUUUAAAUAACGUUUUAAAAUUAUUUUUCUUAAGAAGUUCAACUAAUGCAUAAAAGACAGAUUUUUAUGCUGCUUAUGGCCAUGUGGAAUACAUCCGAAUUGCUUUAUUAAAUAAGCCUGUGUUCUUGUUAAAAAAUUCUGUAUCUACUGCAUUCAUUGUACACGGUUAUGCGUCACUCAACAUGAAAUUCUGUCAAC